AGCACAUCAUUGGGGGUCAUGUAGCAAAGCCUCAUUCACGUCCAUACAUGGCAUUUGUUAAGUAUCGUCGGAAUGAAACGAUGAAGUGUGGUGGUUUCCUUUUGCAAGAGGAUUUUGUCCUGACAGCCGCUCACUGCUUAGGAAGGUCCAUGAAAGUCAUCUUGGGAGCCCACGACUUUAAGUUGCAAGAAAACACACAGCAGAAAAUUUCUGUGAAAGAAGCCAUCCCCCACCCUAAGUAUAAUAAUAGGACUUUUAUCUAUGAUGUCAUGUUACUACAGGGAGACUCUGGAGGUCCCCUGGUAUGCCAAAAUGUGGCCCAGGGCAUUGCUUCCUAUAGGAAAGGGAAUGUAACUAUCCCAUGCUUCUUCACCAAAAUCUCUGCUCUCUUGCCCUGGAUAAAGGAAACUAUAAAGCAGCUCGAGCAGGAAGAAUCACUUUGA